AUGAUAGGUCAGAACCAGGGCAACCUGCAGUACAGAGCUUAUGUUCCAUCAGUUGCCACAGGGCGGGGUGCGCUGGCGCCCUACCCGGCCUGUGGGCUAGCAAACGUGCGCUGCAAACCCCGACCUGCUUUCGGUGCUGUCGGCAGAGGAGCGCACGCUCCGCGCUGCAUUGCUUGCCCUUCUGGUACCAGAGCGUAUACAAGGCAAUUCUGGCAUGUAUCGGACUUGCAUUUAGACCCGACUUACCACAUCACCCCAGAUCACACCAAAGUUUGUUCUUCUUCCAAAGGAGCCAAUGCUUCUGACCCAGGCCCUUUUGGAGACUUUUUGUGUGAUUCUCCAUAUCAGCUUAUUUUGUCAGCAUUUGCGUUCAUGAAGGAUUCUAAACAACAAAUUUCAUUUAUGAUUUGGACAGGAGAUAGUCCUCCUCAUGUUCCAGUGAAAGAACUCUCCACAAAGUUGGUCAUUAACAUCAUCGGCAAUAUGAGUUCUACAAUACGUAAUUUCUUUCCAGAUCUUCAGGUUUUCCCAGCCUUGGGCAAUCACGACUACUGGCCACAGGAUCAGCUUCCUGUAACUACCAGUGAAGUUUAUAAUGCUGUAGCAGAUUUCUGGAAACCUUGGCUAACUGAUGAAGCAAUCAGUACCUUCAGAAAAGGUGGCUUCUACACUCAGCUGUUUGAAUCCAGUGUUAGCUCUCAGCCACUGAGGAUAAUCAGUUUGAACACAAAUUUGUAUUAUAGCCCCAACAGUGUAACUGUGAAUAUCACCGACCCAGCCAACCAGUUAGCCUGGCUGGAGGGAAUACUAGAAACCUCUUUGCAAAAGAAGGAAAAGGUGUAUAUAAUAGGACAUGUGCCAGUCGGAUACUUGCCGUUUGUAAGGAAUACUACGGCUAUCAGGGAGUAUUACAAUGAGAGGCUGGUAAAGAUUUUUCGCAAGUACAGUGGUGUUAUUGCUGGUCAGUUUUUUGGACACACACACAGAGAUAGUAUAAUGGUCCUCCUGGAUGAAGAAGAACAACCUGUAAACUCCUUGUUUGUGGCACCUGCUGUAACCCCAGUGAAGAAUGUGUGGCAACUGGAGUCCAAUAACCCUGGUGUCAGAUUGUAUCAAUAUGAUCUUCUUAAUUAUAGCUUACUGGAUCUUUGGCAGUUUUACUUGGACCUCAGAGACGCCAACAAGAAAAAUGAAUCAAACUGGAAAUUAGAAUACAUCCUGACUAAAGCUUACGGUGUUGAAGACUUGAAGCCAGAAAGCUUAUAUGAAAUAGCCAAACAGUUAUCUGUGCCACACAGCAGACUGUUUGAGCAGUAUUACAGUAACUUCAUUGUGAGUUAUGACAAAACCAUUGUCUGUGAAGGGGGAUGCAAAACGUGCCAGAUAUGUGCAAUCCAAUAUUUGGAUUAUUCCUCAUACGCAGAUUGUAUCAACCGGGAAGCACUGUGGAGAUGAAGUCUCCAGUGCAAUCUGUGCUGAUACCAACUUUAGCCUGUGAUUUUAAAGAACCUGCUCAUCCUCUCGCUCAAGGACUGACAUGCUGAUAUGGAGCCUGUGGAUCUUCACUGAAUUUCAGGGGAACAAUAAAUCUCCCCAUUUUUUUUCCUUCUUUUAAAUAUAUUUUCCUUCCACAUCUAAAUAAAAGCUGAUUGAUGAAGUAAUAGCGGCCAGAUAUUUUGCUGUUGUUCAAGGUUCCUCUGCCCUCUGUAUCAGGCAUCACAGUAUAUGGGAACAGCAGUUACUCAGUUCUUUGAAAAUCCAGGUCUCACUUAUCAGAGCAUGUCAAGGUAGGCAACGUACCCCAUUUCAGACAUGGGAUUUGUAUGGGGGUGUAUUUCAGCCAUAUGCUGUCAAGAGUUACAAACUGAAACCUGCAAAACCCACGCUUACUGACACUGGAGUACAUGAUGUUAGUGUGAUAGCAGUAUUGGGCAUUUUCCUGUCCCUUACCAGGUUUCCUUUUCCCUUUUAACCCUCUAAAUCCAUGUCUCUAUAGGGGUAUAUUCUAAUGAUAGCAUGAAUGUGGCUUAAUGAAUCACAAACCUCCGUCCUGUAAAUACUUAGUGUACUUUCAGAAUGUGCGUGAUUGCCCAGCACUAAGCACUGCUUUCUUAUGAUAAAGCUGUGUAUGCUGGUACUACUGCUAUCAAAUUUACAUUCCUUUAAACAAACGUUUAAAGGAAUGUAAUA